AUGGAGUUGAAGCCCACUUUCUCCCUGACCAUUGAAACCCAGCAGUCACGUUCUGCCAUGACCCUUAAUCUGUGGGACCGGGAGGCCUGGGUGCACACUAAGCGUGGCGCUGGCUACAAAGGUGACCAGAAGCCACCAUCGUCGCAGCCCCGAGGCCUAGUGACCGUUGAGCCGGCAGCCAGCAGCCGACAUGAGCUUCUUAUUGUGAGUAGCCGGGCCUCCGCACGGGCUUUGUUCGAGCGCGACCUGAGCCGCUCGCGUUCCGACGGGCCUGGCGGAUGCGGCCGCUGGCCUCAUUCCGCACUGCCUGCACAGAAGAUCAAGUGUCAUCGUUUCCCUGUCACCCCUGGACACUUAGGUCUUGACAGGCGCUCUGGUGACACCAUGGUUAACGUGCUCACCUGCGAAGUGAAAGACAACUACCAAAUACGGCAUGGUGGUAGUCGCUCCUCUAAAACUUUUAAACCAAAGAAGAACAUUCCAGAGGGUUCUCACCAAUAUGAGCUUUUAAAGCAUGCAGAAGCCACACUUGGCAGUGGCAACCUCCGGAUGGCUGUCAUGCUUCCUGAGGGGGAAGAUCUAAAUGAGUGGGUUGCAGUAAACACGGUGGAUUUCUUCAAUCAGAUCAACAUGCUUUACGGAACCAUCACAGAUUUCUGUACAGAGGAGAGCUGUCCAGUGAUGUCAGCUGGCCCAAAAUAUGAGUAUCAUUGGGCAGAUGGAACAAACAUCAAGAAACCUAUUAAGUGCUCUGCACCAAAAUAUAUUGAUUACUUGAUGACUUGGGUUCAGGACCAAUUGGAUGAUGAGACGUUAUUUCCAUCAAAAAUCGGUGUCCCGUUCCCGAAGAAUUUCAUGUCUGUGGCAAAAACAAUACUCAAACGCCUCUUUAGGGUAUAUGCUCACAUUUAUCAUCAGCAUUUUGAUCCUGUGAUCCAACUUCAGGAGGAAGCACAUCUCAAUACAUCUUUCAAGCACUUUAUUUUUUUUGUCCAGGAAUUCAACCUUAUUGAUAGAAGAGAACUUGCACCACUCCAAGAACUGAUUGAAAAACUCACCUCAAAGGACAGAUAAAAGGAUGCAGAACUUUGCAAAUUUUUCCUCAAAUGGAGCUGUGUGGAAUAUAUUUGGGUUUUUGUUGUAUUUUAAUGUUCUUAUUUGGGCUGUUUUUGUGUUAGAUUUGAAGGGUUUCUUUGUGUUCUUUUCUCUGUAUUCUGAAUAAAUGAAAUCAUAUUCUAUUGCUAGUGGUAACCAAGA